AUGGCGGUCUCAGACUACCGAUCUGAGAACAGGAGCCCCAACAUAGGCAGCAGCACAGGUUCGAAGACUCCGCGCCAGCUGCGGUUGAGAGGGUCUCCCCCCAAGAAGAGCUCCCCAAGGCGGACAUCCCCCCACAAAAGCAAGGGCAGCAGUGCAGACUCCCCAUCAUCAGGCACCAGCUGCGUUGUCUCCGAGGCCCACGCCAAAUCUGGCGACCAGCCCGCAGCUCUGUGCUCCGCCAUCAUCAAGUUGGGCUACCGCAUGUGCCCCAACACACCUCCAAGAAGGGCGCCCCCAUUGGCUUCCCCCAGCCCCAGGCAGCUCAGCCCCGGGCAGGGCAGCCCUAAGCCGCUGCGCAUUCAGCAGCAGCAGCCACCUGAGGGGCUGACCACGUGGCCGCCCCUGCCUGCCUUUGAGCUGCUGGUGCCCCAUGUACUACCAUACCAUCCUGUGCUGCCCAGGCCGCAGACUGCACCAGGCACCCCCGUCCGCAUACUAUCCCCCGCCCCAGACCAGCCCCCCACUCCCGACAGGUGCAGCAGCAGCGGAAGCGCGCCGAGCUCGCCGAUGGCGGACAGGGCGGACAGCAGCCUGGCACGGUCCCCGGGCGGCUCCAUGGGCAGGAGUGCACAAGUGGGCCGCAACCCGGGCACUGUCUGGCUGCAGACGCCCGUCACUCGGCGGUUGUCUGCCGGCGCUCACAAGCUGGCGGCGCGGCUGGCGGCAGACGCGCCACUGGAGGAGAAGCAGAUUGCCAUGUGCAAGCUGCAUUCGCUGCUCUUCGGCGGCGUCAGUGAAGGCAACCGCGCAGCAGCAGAGAAGUCGGAGCGGCCGGGGGUGUUUGUGGGCAUCCUGAGAGCGGGGCUGGGCCCCUUCCUGAAGCAGGCGGCCGGCCUCCUUGUGGCGCGCUCCGAGUCUACCAAGGUGCCCAAGGCCACCUCCCUCCUGCUCAAGGCGCUGGCCGAAUGGAUUGCCGCUCAGCUGGAGCCCCGAGCCAGCCCCACUGCGCGCGCCAGCAUCGUGGCGGAGCUGCGCGCUCUCGUGGACCUCUCUCCUUCCUGGAACGUGGCUCCCAGCACCCCAGCGCCCGCAGGGGGGCAGCCAGGCCACAGGGUGCAGGACAGCCCGAUGGACAUGGAGGGCGUGCGCUACAUGCCCAACAUCCCCAACAUGGACAGCUCCGGGACUGAUGUGGGCACUCUGGGCGCCCUGCUGCCCAUGCACCGCGCCAGCUACACAGAGGCCAGGGUGGCAUUCAGCCUGAUAGUGGGCGCCAUAGCGGCGGCGUGCCCGGUGGAGUGCGAGGAGUUUCCCAGCGCUGCAUUCGUGAAGCCGCUGAUUCGCCUGGUGCGGCACAGCAAGGUCAACAUGCAGGCCUCCGCCGCAUGGGGCCUCAACCGCCUCAUCGCACACGGCCCUGCCAGGGGCAACCUUGCUCAGAACGACAAGCAUUUGGGAGUUCUGGCAGGACUGCUGCAAGUCAACAGCCCGGUGGGCGUGCGCAGCAGCGUGGCCAACAUCAUACGCCGAGUCAUCGCGGACGACCACACCACGCAGUGGGUGCUUGCAGAGGCUGGCGCGGUGGAAGGGCUGGUGCAGCUGCUGGCGGCGCCGGCAGCGCAGCCGCGCGCACUGGCUGACGCCGUCUUCGCGCUCAAGCGUCUGACGGCGGCCGACAGCCGCAGCCGCGCCGCGUUUGUCGCCGCGGCCGGCCCGGACGCGCUGCUGCGCCUGCUCGACAGCCAGCAGCACCAGCUGAUGGCCCCGCUACCCUGCUACCCGUCCGGGCAGGUGCUGCACCCGCUGGCCGCGCGCGCCAUGCCGGCCGGCCCCGGCCCCCGGCCCGGCUCCGCGGGGCUGCCGCCCCGCUCGCCCAUGGGCCUGCCGCCGCGGUCGCCGUUCGGCGCCGCCUCGACCCCGGACUUGCGCCGCGGCGGCAGCGGCGGCCACGCGGCCAGCGAAGCCGGCAGUGCGUCCUCGCAGGCGUGCACGCCGGAGCGGCCCGGCUCGGCUGCACAGCGGUGGAGCCCGGGCUGUGCGCGUGGGCCGGCCGCGGACGGCGCCGCCGCCGGCGGCACCUGCGAGUACGGGGCGCAGAUGCAGUACAGCGCCGCGCGGAUCCUGCGCCACCUGGCGCUCGACGGCGACGCCGGGCACAAGUUCGCUGCCCGCAGCUGCCUGCCCGCCCUUGUUCAGGCGCUGCAGGGCGCCAAGCCGCGUGUGGCGUUUGCCCUGGCGUCAGCAAUAUCCGCGGCGGUGGAGGGCAGCGCGGCGGCUGCGCAGCUGGUGGCGGACAGCGGCGGCAUCGCGCUGCUCGUGCGCAUCAUGCAGCACGGCAGUGGCCACGGCAAGAAGGCCGCAGCCGAGGCGCUCCAGGCGAUGGCUGCGGAGAGCGAGGCCCUGCGCCCGGCCCUGGUCGCAGCUGGGGCCGUGAAGAUCUUGACAAACCUCCUCGUGUCAGGCAACGUGCAGCAGAGGGCGGCGUGCAUCGGCGCGCUGCAGGCGCUGGCAUUCUGCCCCGAGGAGGGAACGCGCACGGCCGAGGACAUCGCCUCGGGCGGCUGCCUGCCGCACCUGCUGGGCCUGCUGCGAAGUGGGCCCCUGCCGCUGCGAUCCUUGGCCGCCGGCGCCAUGUGCAACCUCACCCUCGGCAACGCCGCCAUCGCGGCGGAGGUGGCGGACUCAGGCGCGGUGCCAGAUCUGGUGGCGCUGUUGAAACAUGCGCAGGCGGACGGCCAGUACGCGGCGGCGGCCGCGCUCUACAACAUGGCCGCCGCGCGCCCGGCCCUGCAGGCUGCUGUGGCCGCGGCCGGGGGCGUCAAGCCGCUCGUUGCCCUCCUCUCCGCAGAGAGCUGGUACUGCCGCAUCGUAGCGGCGGAUGUGUUGGCAUGCCUGGCGGCCCAUGAGCAGUUGGCGCGCGUUAUUGCCGAGUCGGGAGCCACGCAGCCCCUCCUCGAGCUGCUGCACCUCCAGCACUCCCCCGGGAUGCUGGAGGCAGUGACGGGGCCGGUGCAGUGCCUGUCGUACGAGCGCGGCAAGAACGAGAUCCUAAUGCGCGGCUACAAGUUCGCCGCCGCCAAGCUCACCGCCGCCGCCGCGCUGGGCGGCAUCGCCACCGCCACCGCCGACUCAUGGCAGCUCGCCGAGAGCGCGGGACGGCCACUGGUGGACAUGCUGGCGAGCGCCAAUGACCGAGCGCGUGACGUGGCGGCCGCAGCGCUCGCUGACAUCAGCGCCGCCGACCCCGAGGCCCGUACCUGGCUCUGCAGGCUGGCGGGCAGGAAUGGGCGCAUGCUGAUAGAGACGGCCGGGGAGGGUGAGCGCGCGACUGCGGCGCUGCUGGGGCGCCAGAGGGAGGGAACCCCCUACGGCGGCUACGCCAUCAUCGCCAAGUGCAGCGCCAGUCUCCAGACCGAGCUGCAGGCGCGCACCUAUUCUUCUUCUUCUCUUUCUAUAUUUAGGGUGCCGUUCAACACAGAUAUCAACUCAAAGCAGAAGGGGACGGCGCUGCGCAGUGCACGGUCCGGCUUCCUGCCGACUCCCAGAGUCAUGGAGCUGGACACCUGGCGCACAACCGUGGACUGA